CCCUCUCUGGGUGAGUUGGUUUGCAGGUUUCUUGCUUAAGACUCAGCAGCCACCCUGGACCCAGGCUGGGGACACUGGAGGCAUUGGAGGCCAAGCUCAAGGUCCAGGCAAGGCCUGGGGCGGGAAGAUGGCCGAUGGGGGCAGUGACUUCAGCACCAGAACGUCCACAGAAGACCAGAACGUAGAAGACAGGCCUGGCUUUGUGUCUCUACUCAUGCACUUCAAAAGACAUAAGCUGGAGAUUUCAAGUGCGAUAAAAAAAACAUUUCCUUUCCUUGAGGGCCUCCGUGACCAAGAGCUCAUCACCCAAAAAAUGUAUGAAGAUUGUGAAAAUUCUUGUAGAAACCUGGUCCCCGUACAUAAAGUGGUGUACAAUGUGCUCUGUGAACUGGAGAAGACUUUUGACCUGCCACUUCUGCAAGUGUUAUUCAGCAAGGUCAACAUGCAGGAAUACCCUGAUUUAAGGGACAUUUAUGAAAGCUUCAAAAAUGUGAUUUCAAACACAAACUUUGCCCUAGAAAAUAAUGGAGAAAGGAUGGAGGAGAAGCCUAAUAUCCAACUAAGCCUUGAACAAGGAAUUGGUGAAAACUCUCAUCGAACCCUGACCUGGUCCUGCACAGAAUCCUCCUCUUACCAUGGUACAACCCCACCUGAAGAUGGACUCUCAGAGCACUUCUGUGAAACAGGACAGAUAAAUGCAAAGAGAGAAGAUACAACCAGUGACAAAAAUGAUGCACUAGAAAGCCAACCAGCAAAUGAGCAAUGUGCCCGGAAGUCUGAGCCAGCAGGGAUCAACAAUGAUGACUUUUCAGAAUUGAGUAACGGAGAAGAGCCUCUGGAAAUUUCUAGUUCAGUCCUAAGAAGUGAGUCAGGUGUACCAAGAGGCCAAGAGGCAAAGACCGAAAAUAUUCAAGCAUCUGACAUGAUGGGUGUUGUGAAUCUUGGAAACAACUCUACUUUAGGAAGAUCCACGAGGAAAAGAAGGUUAAGAAUGGACAUAGAUGAAAGUGUGGAUUUUCACUCUGAAAUACUUCCUGUGACCUGUGGUCCAGUGAAGGGGAUGUUACAUAAGAGAAAAUUGAAACGAGGAACCUCGGUGAAGUGUAUACAGUGUGAUGGUGGAAACUGGAUCACUCUCAAGGAAUUUGAAGUCAGUGGAGGCCACGAAAAAUCAAAUAACUGGAAGCUGAGUGUGCGCUGUGGUGGGAAAACCCUACAUCAGCUGAUUGAGGAAGGGUCUCUGUCUAAACCUCCAAGAGUGUAUGGCAGGAAAAAAAAGCUGGGAAACACAGAGAAAUGUAAGGUGUGCUUGGAUGAAGGAAAGCUGUGCUGCUGCCGUGUUUGUUUGAAAUUCUUUCAUGACGACUGUCAUAUCCCACCUAUGGAAACUGAAAGGUGCCUGUGGACUUGCACCUUCUGCAGGAUGAAGGAGACUUCAGGAAGCCAGCACUGUCACAGGGAAUCAGAGGUCCUGGCAAGGCGGAUGGGGCCUAAGGAGCAAUUGAAAUGUGAGUUCCUCCUCUUGAAGGUCUAUUGCCAUGUAGAGAGUUCCUUUUUCGCAGAGAGGACAAAUAAAUAUGAUGAACUCACGUGCUUGGACAAAAUCAAGAAGAGGCUAAAUGAGCAGAGUUACCGCCAAAUGGAAGGGUUUGUGCAGGACAUGCGCCUCAUCUUUCAGAACUACAAGGCAUCUUACAAGGACGAAUUUGAGAAGAAUUUCAAGGAAGUGUUUGCUAUUCGGGAAACAAAUGAGAACAGUUCACUGGUGUAGUGGAUGCUGAUGGUACCUUGGAAAGCCCCCUUGUGGGCAGGCUUCUCAUCCCCUAGCUGCUGUGACGGUUGCCUGUGGAUGCCACCCCUCCCCAGAAUAUUGCCUUCUGCCAAAUGAAAUGGAUCCAGCUUCAUCUACACAUUACUCCUCCUUUGCCUGGAGCCAGCCCCAGCCCCAAGGUGGAACCAACCUAUUACACCAAUGUGGUGUAAUUCAUGCUCCUGUGCUCCCCCAUGGGAUCAGGCUGGAGCUAGUCUCCAGCUGUGACCGCAUCCUUGCUUAGCUUUUCCCAUCACACUGUCUUGCUUCCUCUACUUCUCCUGAGAGAACUCUCAUAAUAAAUCACUUACUUAAGAGACUUUA